UAUAUUAUCGGUGUUAUCACUCGAUAGCUGGAACCAAUAUGAUGAUUGUCUCCCAAAUGACCCGCGCCGAUAGUGGUGUAUGGACUUGCCAUGAAAAUCGUGCCUAUUUGAAGAUUAUGACGGUGUCGACGGUCAUAAGGGUAAUGAAAAAUAGCCCCCCGAAAUCUGGAUGCAUUCAUCUAUUGGUCCACAUGUUCUUCGGCACCAUCAUCGUGACCAGCUUCAUCAUGAUACUGAUGAUGACAUUAAGAGGAGACGGUAAAGGAAGUGACGUGUCAUCGAAAUGCUCAGUCAGCAAGUGCCGGGUCACGUGUUCUGACAUCGACCUCAUCAAUGAUGACACUUCGCAAAUCACUAUAGCGGCAUCGGACGCAGAUACCGCUUGCGAAAGCAUCACCCUGGCUAUGAUCCGACCUAUAUUUCGAGAUGGGAUCCUCCCAGAGAAUUGGCUCGCUCGAGUCAGAACGACCAUUCGCGAACUAUCUAUAGUAGAAGGCAACUUGAAAUAUAUCACACCAGGGUCAUUCAUGGACCCGGCGAGUAACGGAAUAAAGUCGCUCGUUCUCGAUAGCAUAGAAAUAUCUACAUGGAGAGAGGACACGUUUCUGGGACUAUCCAAUCUAAGAGAACUUUACCUAAAGGACUGCUCCUUUGGUCGCAUCCAAGAGAAUUCGUUGGAAGCGGUCGAUGACACCCUAGCUCUUUUGGACAUCAAGGCAUUACAUUUCUGGAAUCCUGUCAACGUCACUGGAUCAUCCACGUUCUUGAAGUUGGAGAAAGUGAACCUGUCCUUUAAUGUUUUCUACGACAUCCUAAGCAGUGUCACGUUUCAGUCCCUGCAUUACUGUAAAAUACUUUAUCUGAACUCAUGUAAAAUCACAUUCAUAGGUGCUGGAACAUUCGAACCUAUGAAGAGUUUAGAACUGUUGUAUUUGAACGAUAACCACCUUGUCACCAUACCGUCUGGAUUGUUCGAACCGCUUUUAAUGUCAGAAACGAUAAGAAUUGCUUUGCACGAAAAUUUCUGGUUGUGCUCCUGUUCACAAGCAGACCUCCGAACUUUACACACUAAAGGCGCCAUUAUGGUGGAGCCGACUUGCUACUAUCCCGACAUUAAAAGAGGUAUCACUUUUUCCGAACUAGAAGAAUAUUGCGAGAAAAGGGAAUCGAAUAAGUCCACCACCCUUCCCGAGUAUCAAAUAGAUAUGUGCAAGAAAUUAAGUAUAAGUACAAUAAUACGUAACACGGCAGCUUGCUACGAGGAUAAUUUAUCAUUUAAAAAAAAUGGCGGUCGCUACGUGAUGCCAACAAUACACCAUACAUGCUUAUCGAACCGGAUGAAAGAGAAUGUGUACAAGCAAAUCCGAAGCGUUAAAACGUUUGUCACUAAUGACGAAUUUAGUGGAAAUUCAACGUGGCUCCGACCAGUAUACACUAGCCAUUCAAUGCAAUUCUCAAUGAUCGAAUUAUCUGUUACCGGGAAAUCUAAUGACGGGGUAAUGUGGUUCGAGAGCGAUAACAAAUCUGAUAUCUAUUGCAUCAAUUCUGUGCCAGAUGUGCUUCAGGUAUUCUAUUCUAGUUUGGAUGAGGAUUACACGUUUUGCCUGUUCGAUACCACAUCCGGUGACAUACAGAACGAGAAGUGUCUGAAAUACAAACUAUCUGAUUUCGUUAAAGUCCCGAACAGGAGAAUUACUACCAUUUUAAAAUUUCUGAUUCACAUGUGCACAGCUUUAGCUUGUCUACUAUGUGGAGCUACAUGUGUAUUUAUAAUAAUAAACAAGAACCCAACGCUUUUGAAAAGGAACAAAAGGAUACUUUUAGUGAAACAUAAGACCAUAGACGCGCUGGUUCUUCCACCUGAAGUGCCCCUUAGGAAAGACAAUAUGGCGGAUGCGAAUGAUGUGGUGGAGAAGAUAUUUAUUCUGCCGCAGAACGAGCUGCUUCCUCAGAGCUGCUACGAGCGGUCCACUUCUAUGAGGAGCAGUAAGAGCAAUGACGCUAGCUAUAUCUCAGCACUUUCGCCCACCGAGGAGCAGCUACGGGAUUGGCGAUCUAACUCGUUGGUUUGCGACCGAUCGUCAACCGAUGGGAAUGCUUCACCAAUUUGCAGUCUCUACGAGUCGCUUCCCUACUAUUCCAUGCAUGAAAAAGUCUAUGAGAGUAUUCAUUGA